AUUCGAUAAUCGAUAUCUAAUAUUACAGGUACUUCAAUUACUCAUAUUUCUUUUUACAAAUACUGAUUAGUAAUAUCAAUUUUCUUGAAAAAAAAAUCGAGAAAGCAGAAGUUUGCGAUUUACUCGGAGAAAUAAAGGCGUGCGAUGAUUACUAUAUUUUUAAGAUUUCACAAGAAUUUAUUAUAAACGAUAGCGACUUAUAGCGAAUCGAUCUCAGCGAUAUCGAUAUUUAUUGCAUAUUCCAUAUAAACGCAUAUGUAUCUUUGUUUUUAUUAGAUAAUUGAGAUUUCUCGCCCUCCAAUAAUUUCUCUCCUUCCUGUCCUUAUCGAAAAUAUCGAAGAUAUUACUGACGAUUCCUGUAAAACCGGGAACUGUCGUAUCUCGCGUGUACACGAUGAUUCAUUCUCGCAUUUGUCACGAAACGACUUCGCCGACAUGGUUAUGUUCGUUCCUCGGAACUCGUGCGAUGCGUUUCAUUCAUUCGAGGAAGCAGCAGAGAAAUCGGUCUUUCGAGCUUACAGUUUUGUCAUUUCGCCCCUCGUGACACACCGUGUAACCAGAAAUGGGCACGCGUAGAUAAAUUCUGUUGACAUCUUGUUGACGAAGAUACGAGAAAUACACCGGUGCGAUAUUUGUAAUAUUGCGAUUUCGUGAGCGAACUUUUAGACUUUAGAGCGAACGUCUGAAUGAGGAUCACAAUAGCCAAUCGCACACACAUCGGUGUAUUUUUUUUAAUUAAUUAACAACUUUACACUUCAUUUCUUUACAAAGCUACAGUCAGUGUAUUUUGUAGAAAAAUGUCAUACAUGAAAACACUACCUUUGCUAGACGGAACGAAAGUAAUUGUUAUAGACGAAGAUCUAGAUGUAACGUAUGCAACAGCGUUGAUAGCUGGAUGGAUACACGCGUGGAGGGAAACGAGUGCUAAUCACAGUAUCGAUUUAUUGUCAUUUUCCGAUCCAAAAGCUUGGUACGACAACGAACCCCUUACAUCCACGAAUGUAAACUUGCAUGAUUAUUAUAAUGUUCAUUCAACUGAAGAGGCCGAGAAGAAAGACUUGGAAAAUCUUGAUCACAUACUUAAAACCUUUAAGCUGAAACCUCAGAAUACGGUCGUUGUCAACUGUUUGGGCUCCCUGAUUCUGUAUGUGGGUUUAGGAAAAGCUCUGCGAUUCGUAGAGAAGUUAAGUAAACAGGUGUCACAAUUGAUAUGCAUUUAUCGGAGGGAUUUCAUACAGAUUAAAGUUCCCGCGAUUGAGACUCUCGGCACUACUUACAUUAAGUUAGAAAAAUUUGCUGGAAUAAGUCCCAUGAAUAAUUUAGUUUACAAUGCAAAGCUGGCCCAUAGAAAAUCAGGUGGUUCCAUGAUAUGUCAAACAGAAACAAUAAAGCAGGAUAUUGAAUCUUAUCGGAUCAGUGCUGAAAAGGUUACAGUACCAAGCGUUCGCAAGACAGAAGCAGAACCGGUAAAGAUUGAAUCGUCGUUUAGGAUAGAGAUGAGCGCUCAGGAAAUGGAGCAGAGAGACAAGACACCUUUACCCUAUAUUUUGAAUGCAUCGAAUUCAUCUAGGAUAUUUUAUCAGCCAGAAGAUGUAGAUGAUAUAGAUGAAGAAGACCCUGAUGAUGAUCUGUGUAUAUAAGCUAUAAAAAUCAAAGAAUUUGUAUGAAGAUUACAUAAAAUAUAUAAAUCAUAUAUUUUAUAUAAAAUAAAA